UUUAUUUUAAGUGCCUGAGUGGUUUUUCUUAGAUAUUUUAACAGUUUUACUUGUAAGGAGCCUUACAAUAUCCAAAAUUUCAACACAAGUCCCUGUUGUAAGUUGAUAUCUUUGUAUGUAUUUGGGGUUAGUUAGCAUCCUAACCACAAUGGAGACUUAUCUGAAGUAAAAGAGUGUCGGUGAGUGGAGAGAGUUGUCACGAUGGCGGUGGUGGUGAAGAAAAACCAGGCGGUGGAGGAGGCGGAGAUGAUAGUGGGGGUCAGUCAGGACUGUGUGAUGCUGCAACCAGUCAAGAUGGAGCCCGAGCCUGUUAGCUUCAUCAGCGUCAACAACGGCUUGUACGAGACAGCCACUAGUCUGGCCGAGCUGUACAACUGUCAGCCGUUCCCACCCGACUCGCAGGUGGAAAAUGUUGAGUAUGGCUCAUCACAGAACGAAGUGAUCACAACAGAGCUGAGCGAGCACUCGUCGUCUACAGUGUCAGCGACAUCCACAUCCAUACCUGUACAGGACUACUUCGAGAUACAAGUGGCCGAGGAGGAGGUGGUGAGCGACAACUGGAAUGUCGUCACUGAGGUUGUGGUGGAGGACAAACCUCGUGUGGAGGUGGUCAAAUCUGCUGACGAAGUCGAGAUACCUCUACCUCAGGAUCAGGACUUGUACUCUCAGAUGCAUCCCUACCCUUGCGACUUCUGCAGCAAACGCUUCAGCAAAAAGGCACAACUGCUGACUCACAUGGUCACCCAUCAGAGCGAACGCCCUCAUGGUUGUAACUUGUGUGGGGCGAGGUACCGACGCAAAUGUGACCUUGUCAAUCACAUGAAGAUGCACGCCUACGCUCCGCCUCGCAGCUCGCUAGACGACGAGGACGAGGACAUACGAGAGGCCAAGGGUCGUCGUAAGAAACUGCAGCCGAAGAAAAACAGCUUCAGCAGCGAUCUCAGCGACUCCUUGGACUAUCAGCAGGACAAGAAAUUCGGCAAGAACGUAAUCAAGAUAAGGAAGGUGAAGGGAGGUGGUGUGGUGUCGAAGGCAGUCAGCUAUGUAGACGAGGAUAUGCGCUUGUUGAACGAGAUGUCACGUAACACAGACAUAGUCAGCCAGGUGCCUCGGUGGCCUGUGGUGGACCAAUCCAGGCCUUACGUGUGUCAACACUGCGGCGUCGGCUUUGCCAGAGAGAAGGCACUUGCCUCUCACUCGCGUAUCCAUGGAGGAGAUUCUCCGUUUGAGUGUGACGUGUGUGGAGAGAUGUUCUGGGCUGUGUCACUACUGAGGGAACAUACUCGCAGUAAACACCCCAACCACGUGCCCGAGUCCCCAGGGCCAGCUUACACCGGCGACGACCGCUUCGGCACAUUCUUCUGCGACAGUUGUGGCGACUCGUUCAAUCGCAUGGACCUCCUCAAGAAACACAAACGGACUCAUCUGAAGCCAGAGGUGAUGCAGGAGGUGGGUGAGGACGACCAUGUCUGCACAGUCUGUGGUCAGUUCUUUGAGAAUGCUGCAGAACUGCGCACACACGCAGAGACUCAUGUACAAGACACCAGGGACCAGCGAUGUAUGGCUUGUGGUGCUCGGUUCAUUGAUUCCGAGGAGCUGAGCGAGCACGUGCGCAGAGUGCAUGCGGAGUCUGCACAGGACUGUGUGUGCAACUUGUGUGGAAAAGUGUGCAAGGACCAGCGUGCACUGGCCAAACACACCUGCAAUAGCGAAGAAAACCGCGGCUUCCCUUGCUACACAUGCAGCAAGAGAUUCUUCAGUCGGGCCCGUCUCCGCAGACAUAUGAUGUCGCACAGAGACAAGGCGGUGUCAUGUUCCGAUUGUGGAGAAGAAUUUCCCGACGGCCGAGCUCUCAUGAGUCAUAGACACAGUCACAACUCGACCAACAACCAUCCGACGAGAUCGUUCCCCUGUCACGACUGUGGCAAAACGUUUGGCUCUCGCAGCUCCCAGCAGAUACAUGUGAGGAUACACACGGGCGAGCGGCCGUACGGCUGUCGCUUCUGCUGGAAGGCCUUUGCUGACGGAGGUACUCUGAGAAAACAUGAACGUAUCCACACUGGGGAGAAGCCAUAUGUUUGUCCCGUUUGUCCCAAAGCUUUCAACCAACGGGUGGUGUUGAGGGAACACAUUCGCGCCCAUCAUUCAGGCUCUGACUCUAAAGUGAACUCUUGCUACGAGUGCAAGGUCUGCGGUAACUUGUUCUCGUCCUCCACUGAGUUGUGUGUGCAUCUGGUGCAGCACAGUGAUGAAAACACUGCCAAACAUCGGCUGCCCAACAUGGGACCUCGCAAGUACAAACGGAGACGUAAGUUGGGACCACCGUCUCCCGUUAAGACGUCUCCAGGCCUGGAUCCCGACUCUACUGACUCCAGCGACUCCAUACCCGACAAAAACAAAAAGCUUAUUAAGAAAAAGUACAGUUACGACUCACCCCCAUUACCGACCACUGAGGAGUUAGAAAAAUCUGUCGUUCAAGCUUGUGAGAACGCGAUUCAAAAUAUCGAUUCCCUAAUGGUCAAAGACCCUAAGAAACAAAAACUGGAUAAAGCCUUGAAAAAGCACAAGACGAAAGCGUUGUCGAAGCUUACAAAGCUGGCACGCAUCGAGAAACGCGCUAAGGCGGCAAAACUAUUGAACAAUACUAGUUACGCCUCCAAAUACGUCGUUUCAAGACCAGAUGACAGAGAGCGACCGCGGACCAAAAACGUAACAUAUCCGUCUCUAGAAGACAGCCUUGAGACUAUACUGAAUGGGUCGGACGCCAUCCGCAACCGACCGAGGACGAAAAACGUCAACUACCACAACAUGAAAGUGACCAAGUUGGAACCGGCUACGUUUCCUCUGUCUAAGAAGAAGAACAGAACCAAGAAGACUUAUGUGAAGAGGGAGAAGACAAAAUCUACGUCGAACGACUAUCUCAACGGCGUAUCAACCAAGAUUGAACCUGACUUGUGCGGUGAGAGCGAAGUGAGUGAGGAGAAGCUAGAGACUUGUAUUGUCGAUGAUUUCAACAUCGAAGGUGUUCACAGUGAAGUGGUCCAUACUGAGUUCAUACCUCCGGAACCUCCGGUGGAAGUUAUGAUCAAACCGGAGUUAGUGAACUGUGAGAUGUGUGGUCACGGCUUUGCGGACCGCUCUGAACUGCUGGCUCAUAUACGAGUGCAUAUAUAGUGGCACGCCAAUACUUAGACCGGGUCUAAGUAUCGGACACUCGUCUUUGUAAAAAUAAAUACUGUACAGAAAGACUUCACGACUCCACAGAGUGUAGAGUGUAUUUUAUUAUAAUUUAAAGACUUAUCUAUCGACUCGUGUCAUAUUGAAAAUAAGAAUCUUUUAUUUAUGUUAAUCCCUUUGUAUAGUAUAAAUGUAAAUGUUAUUCGCAAUUAUGUUAUACUGAAGAUCUUAGAUAGAUAAAUAACAAAUGUUUAGGUAUAUUUGGCUUAAAAUAUUUUUACAUGGUAACGCUAUAUCGAGAGUGGUCAGCGGAUUCAAUGUCCAGAAAUAACCUGUUUUUCAUUGUUAACUUAUAUAAACAGAUGUUGUUUAAUGGUAGAAUCACAUUUUUAUAAUGUUGAUGAUAGUAUUUCUAUUGCACUGCGAGAUUAAUUUGUUGAAACCUGUAGAUCGUGCACUCUAGUCACCGAUCGUCGGUUGAUAUCCUUUUUAAAUGUUCUGUAACAAAUAAAAUAUGUAUUUAAAAGCAUAACCGGUUAUCUUUCUAUUUUAACAUGAUCUGAAUAUCACUUCUAUGUUUUUUUAAAUGUCUUUUUCAAUUACCCUAUACAAAUAUGCUUCUCUCUUGUUUAACAUAAUUGUUUAUCUAUGUUCUCAUUCCACCAUUUGAUUCCUUGUAUUUUUAUUAUUAUGUUUUAAUAAUUAUUAAUAUUAAUAUUAAAAUGUUUGUUUUUUGAGUUUGUAUUUAAAAUAAAAAUUGUGUUUCUCUUAUUUUGGUAAUGUUGAAUGCUACUUACCAUGGCUACCUAGAAUAACUUUACAAGUCACAUCGAUAUGUUUCCCGAUUCUGUAGCAGAAGACGCAAAGUUUGUAAACAAAUUUAAAUACAUAAAUUAAAUUGGUGCUUUAUUGUGCAAACAUACAAAUGUAUUUGUUUAAAAAAAUGUUAUUUACAAUUUUUUUUUUUAAUUAAUUAUACUGUUUUUGUUUCAACAAGCACCUAUUGCCAGUGUAAUGUAACUUAUUCUAGGCAACCGUGCUACACACUUGCUGUCUUUCAUAGUAUUAGGUAAAUAAAUACCUGAACCACGGUACAAUCACAGUUUUAAACCAGAACCUAUACAAAGUUCGGUAAGUUACGGCCUUUGUUGUUUAAACCAAUUGUUGUUUUGCAUGUAGUAGAUUUAAUGCAUGAUGUAAGUAAUGUUUUAUUUCCAAUAUACCAUUUGAUUUUAAGAAUA